ACUAUUCAUUAUAGCUAAUUACUUUAAAUUAUUAUCCCUGACUUCCUAACUAUGGUCAAUCAUAAAUACAUUAAAACCAUGCGGGAAAUCCUUAACCAACUUUUGCGUAAUGUUGCACCAGUGAAAAAGUUAAACUAAAAAUCAUGUAAAAAGGUGUAUACGGUUUCCCCAUAUAAAUCUCUUGAUUGAAAGAGUGCGUGCAAAAUUGGUCCUCAAUAUUAUCUUCUUUUCAUAGAAAACCUCUAAAUUCUGGUUCAGAUUAUUCACUUUUGCAAGUUGUUUCGUUUUAUCUUAAGAUUUGAAGAAUGUCCCUUUCGGUUAAACUCAUAAACCUUAAAGCAUGUCAGAUAAAUUCAGAAAAAAACAGCCGUUAAAUUCAGAAAAAUAUCCAAUGGCAUGAGAGAAAAACAUUAGGGCUUCAGAAAACUUAGACUUUUAUCAAAUAACAUUUUACGUACGAAAUUUGAAAUGUGUUUACUAGUUCACAGUUUAUAGAGAACUCAUAUUAAUGACGAUUAGGGCUUCAGAUUGUAUUUAGCUCAGAGAGACAGUGAGAGAGAGAGCGCCAUUAGCGUUUAAAGGAAUAUUACGUACAAAUUUUUAAAAGUGUUUACUACAUUACUGUUUGUAGAGAACUUAUGUAAUGAAGAUUAGGGUUUCUUAUAUGCAUCUAUAGGUUUGAGAGAGAGAGAGAGACAUAGAAGAGAGAGAGCACCUUGUCUUCGUUAUCACCGUGCAGGAUGUAUCAAGAAGACAGAUUUUGUGUUCACGAUGAGGAGGACGGUGGCCAAAGCUUCUUCAAGAUCAUGCUCGGCAAUUUUUCCAAGCAACUGUUCAUUCCACCAGCUUUUCGGCAUAACUUCAAGAAAAUAUUUCAUGAAGCUGUCUUGGAGGGCCCAAGUGGAAACAAUUGGAAUGUUGAAGUUGAAGAAGUUAGGGGUGCCUUGUGUUUCUCUAGAGGAUGGAAGAAAUUUGUCAAAGACCAUUCAUUGAAUGAUGGAGAUUUCUUAGUAUUUUACUAUGAUGGUGAUACUCAUUUUCUUAUCAAAAUAUUUAAUAAAACUGGAUGUGAGAGAGAGGAUGCAUUCGAUGUUGAGUGCUUUGAGAAACAUAGUCCAGUAGAGAAAAAUAUGCCAGAUUGUCCACUAGCCAUUGUUGAAGCAUCUGAGAACCCUCUUUGUAUUGCUGAAAAACAAUGGUCUCCAAAGAAGUGGCAUCGCACAUAUACUUCAACCACGUCACCGGUCACUGAGAAGCAGAAGGAAGAAGCAAUCCAAAAAGCCCAAUCAUUUAGGACUAAUUGUCCGCAUUUCGUCGUGCCUAUGAGGUGCUCAUUAGUUUCCACCACAUUCAUGGUGACAAUUCCACAGAAAUUCUUAGCUUUGAAGGUCUUGACAAAGGGCCAGGAUAUCACACUCCAAGUUCCAAAAGUGAAAAAUUCAUGGCAUGCGAAGAUGACAUGGACCAGGGGAGUUACUAGAAUUAGCAGUGGGUGGAAAAAAUUUGUGACCAGUAACAAUUUGAAGGAAGGUGAUGCAUGUGUGUUUGCGCUUUCUAGGGCGAGGAAUGACACUUUUAACAUACACAUUUUUAGGGCUUGAAAUGGAGCAUAAAAAUAGAGAAGCACCCCACCAGCCAUUCCAAAGUUUACCAAACCAAGCUAUAUCAUAUGGCUAGUUGACCAGGUAAUGUGAUAGUUUGUUCUACUUCUUUACUUAAAUCGACAUUGAACUCUUGUAUGGACUCCUAUAAUUGAACAUGGGCAUUUCUUUUUUUUAGGAGGAAUGUAGUGUGACUUCUAUGACUUUGGAAGACUUGUCUACUUGGAGAUGAGAGGCCCAUUGGUGCUCUAUGUUGAGGUUAAGUGUGGUUGUUGGCUUGAGUAUGGAUAUUUGUUUUCUUAAGGAAUUUGUGUGGAAAACUUAUAAUCUUUGGUUUUGUUUGCUGAAA